CUCCCCAGAAUGUCUUGAGUCUUGACCAAUUUUAGGGUUUUCUGAUUUCUCCUCGCUCUCUUCAAUUCUGUAAAUUGAUUGUUAUACUGGAAAAUUCGACUAAAUAAUUAUAGUUCAGUGCUGACUGUUGCAGCGGCAGCGGGGUUUUGUUUCGUGAUUAUUUCAGGUUUGAAAUAAAAGCUCAGGAAAAUGAACGGUGAGGAGUUGACGGAGCAAGAAACCGCUCUUUAUGAUCGCCAAAUUCGAGUUUGGGGCGUUGAUGCUCAGCGAAGGCUGAGUAAAUCCCAUAUACUUGUCUGUGGACUUACAGGCACUGUUGUUGAGUUCUGCAAGAACAUUGUGCUUGCUGGAGUUGGUAGUUUGACAUUGAAUGAUGAUCGUCCAGUUACCACUGAGCUGUUGUCAGCCAAUUUCUUAAUUCCUCCUGAUGAGAGUGUGUACCGUGAGAAACCUCUGGCUGAGCUUUGUUGUGAUUCUUUGAAAGAUUUCAAUCCUAUGGUUCGUGUUUCAGUACAAAAAGGUGAUUUGUCAAGCUUUGAUGUUCAUUUCUUUGACAAGUUUGAUGCUGUAGUUGUCAGUUCUUGCUCCCUAAACACAAAAAAGUCAGUUAAUGAGAAGUGUCGCAAGUCAUCAAAACGUGUGGCAUUUUAUUCAGUUGAUUGCAGGGAUUCCUGUGGUGAAUUAUUUGUUGAUUUGCAAGACUAUACUUAUUCCAAGAAAAAGAUUGAUGAGAUGACAGAAUGCAGACUGCAGUUUCCUAGCUUUGAGGAAGCUAUUGCUGUGCCAUGGAGAUCUCUCCCUGGGAGAUUGUCAAAGUUAUACUAUGCAAUGAGAGUGAUAGAAAGGUUUGAAGAGCUUGAAGGCAGGAAGCCCGGCCAAACUUCAGCUGCUGACCUUCCUAAUAUUCUGAACUUGAGGAAGGAACUUUGUGAGGCACAUUCGCUGAGUGAAUCUCAGAUCCCCGAUGCUCUCAUUGAGAGAUUGUUAGCUGGUACAAGAGAGUUUCCUCCAGUUUGUGCCAUUGUUGGGGGAAUCCUUGGACAGGAAGUCAUUAAAGCAAUAUCUGGCAAAGGCGAUCCAAUAAAGAAUUUCUUCUUUUUUGACGCCAUGGUUGGUAAAGGCAUAAUAGAGGAUAUAGCAAAGACAAAUAAUGAGGCCGAGCAGUUCCAAAGUGGAUGUUUAGAAGGUUGUCUAGAAGUGGACUAAUUCUAGGGUAACCUGACCUUUUUAACCUAUUUUUUUGGGGACUGGACUAUACGCUGAUCAUUGAAUGACAAGAUUUCCGAUCGAGGCAUGGCGUUAUCCCAGCUUUUACUUGUGAUCAUGUACAAUGGUGUAAAAAAUUUCAGAUUUUCUAAAAUGUGGCAGAAGACUGAGUAGUUGAACUUCGAUUUCAUGGAGGAUUGUAAAGGACAUAAAAAAUGUCUGGGCUUUGUUGCCUGUUUAUCUUGAAGGUUCCUUCUGGAUGCAGGAAAGCAUUGUGGUUUUUGAGAAAUUACUGCAGUAAAGGUAAUAGGCAGGGUUUGAGAAAUCUCUGUCAAAUGUUGCUCAGCCGUGUUUGUUUUAACCUUAAUGUGGAUACCCUCAUUUCAAAGUAAUAUUGAAAGAUUAUCUUGUGGUUUUA